AUGGCUCGUGACCAGAGAAUCACCGGAGGCACCCAAGUCCAGACUGCACCCACCCAGACCCGGGCCUAUAAAAACGGGCUGCGACGUUCCCCUGACAGUCCGAGCAAGGGCAGGAGGAGAGGCAGCUACCGGAAGGCCUGCCGUCCACCCCGACCCAUCGCUCUCGGACCAGAUAUCAGCCGCCAAGAUGCUGAUCCUCUGGACCACGGUCGUCACCAUGGCCGUCCUGGCAGGGGCCCAGGUGCUGCCUGUGGCCCCGGCAUUGCCGGAAAUACCCCUCUUCCCUUGGAUAUCAAACUGAGCAGCCUACCCUCCCUGCCAGCCCCAAGUGUCCCCCUAAGUCGGCCAGCUCCCACAGACCAGACGAACCAGAUGAACACAAAACAGGGCGCGAAGGCCUCAAAGGGCAAGUGUUCGUCGGUGGCCAGCAUCUACAUCGCUGACACCAACCUCGUGGCAGGACUAAACGAAACGUUGCCCGAGAAGAUCCAGAAGAUCCUGACGUGUUCAGAACUCGACCUGGGUGGUCUGCUCGGCGGCGUCAUCGCCUCGGUGACCGGCACUGACCUUGGCUCUCUGCUGGGUGGUGCUGGCGGCGGCCUGACCGGCUCUCUGCUGGGUGGUGGCGGCAGCGGCGGCCUGACCGGCUCUCUCCUGGGUGGCGGCAAAGGCGGUGGCCUGACCGGCUCUCUCCUGGGUGGCGGCAAAGGCGGUGGCCUGACCAGCUCUCUCCUGGGCGGUGGUGGCAGCGGCGGCCUGACCGCCUCUCUCCUGGGUGGCGGCAAAGGCGGUGGCCUGACCGGCUCUCUCCUGGGCGGUGGUGGCAGCGGCGGCCUGACCGCCUCUCUCCUGGGUGGCGGCAAAGGUGGCCCGACCAGCUCUCUCCUGGGCGGUGGCGGCAGCGGCGGCCUGACCGCCAAUCUCCUGAGUGGCGGCGCCGCUGGCGGCCUGGCCGGCUCUGCGCUGAGCGGCGGCCUGAAGAUCCCUGAUGUCGCUUCGGCAGUUGCAGGCAACGUGGCACCCAUCUCAGUAGACAGGGCGAUCGGAGGUGGACUCCAAGAUAUCCCUGCUGCAAACGGUCUUCUCCAGAGCCUUACUGCAAAUACACCCCUUGACGUCCCUGCUGCCAUCCUGUCCCGCGAUGUCCCCGUGGCCAGAGAACUCCUCGAUGCCACCGCCCGUGCUCAGAGCAACAUCGCCUCCCUGCCCGCAGUCCAGGCCGGUGCUAAGGCCAUCGACAGCAUCAAAGACUCCGCCCUGGGCACCGCCAAGAAUGCCGCUGGCGCUGUGGCUGGUGUCUCCGGCUUAACCUCCGGCUUAACCUCGGGCUUAACCGACUCACUCGACUUGAAAGCGUUGCUCUUGGCAUUAAAGGCUGGAAGUGUUCGUGUGGACAACUUGAACAUCAGCAUGACAGACGGUGAGAUCCAGGCCCUGGCCUCAUUUGACAUGGACGUCACCGCAGACGGCGUCGUGGGCACCGUCAUCAGCCUGCUGUCCUUUAAAGUGCGCGGGAAAGUGACCCUGAAACUCACCGUCUCCACCAACAACACCCAGUGCCUGACCCUCCAAGUCUCUGACACCAGCAUGAAUGUCGACGAAGUGACCAUCGGUCUCUUGGGCACGGUCACGGGACUUCUGCCUGUGGACUUGCCUCUGGACAGUGUGGUUUCCACCGCGCUGACAGUAUCCGUCAACGAGAAGCUUCAGGACUCAGAAUCGUGCCGCUGUGACUUCAGUGACUUCAACGUGUGCAAGAACUCUACCGGCCUGUUCCAGUACCGCCUCAACAAAGCCGCCCUGUCUCCAGCGGGUAUCACGAUAACCUACUGCGCCACGGCCAAGUUUAACAAAGGCUCUUUCCCGGUGACUGGCGGCGCCCUCCCUGCACAUCCUAAGAAUGCCAACGUCUCCGUCACUCUGUCCCCCGCAUUGCUCAAGGCCAUCGUCGCCCAGAGUGCCCAAGCCAGCUCCACGAAGAUGGGGGGCAUGGAGGCCAGCGUCUCCAAAGUGACCUACAUCCAGUCAGGCAAUAGAAUCACCUUCACCCUCCUGUCCACGGUGAAGGAGGCCGGCGCGGUCAUUGGCAAGGGGACCACGAAAGUUGUACUCAAAAUCGCCUUCACCCUUGAAAAUGACAAAGUGGUGGCACGCGCCCAGCCUGUAAGCUCUGACCACAGCCUGGCUGGCCCUAGCGGAGCGGCAGAGGAUGUGCCAGCGGUGAUGCCCGCCAUGGCCAAGAAGUUCUCCGCUAAUCUGAUUAGAAACAUGGGCAACUGGAACGCUCCAUCAGGAAUAAGCUCAGUUCCCAUCAACAGCGCACCGUUUAAAGCGAUAGCUGGGAACUUUCUUGUGGCAGCAAAGUAAACUCAGCACAGCCGAUGCCAGAGAAACUUCCAGAAUGAAAGCACUCUAAGACUUCUCCCAGAAUUAAUCAGCCAUCCUUUUGAUUAAGGACACGACAAGAAUAGUGUUCUGAACAUGUCAACUCGUCCUUGGAUUUCACCAGCGUCAUCUUGUGUCAGCCGUUGUGACAAAGCAGAACCCCAGGGAUUGUUGGCUCUUUGUGAUCACCUCUUUAAUAAUUAACCUGUUU